UUCAUACCGUUUAUUAAAGAGGUUUGCCAAAUCAUUUAUCCAUUAAUGGACAAAAGAGCUUAGAAAAGGAUAUAAAAGGAAAUAGAAACUGUAUUGAAAGACAGAUAAAUAUUAUUAAUCAAAAUGUCUAAGCGUCCAGAGCGUAUGGCACCGCCUGAGGUGUAUUAUGAUGAAACAGAAGCUAAUAAAUAUACACAUAGCUCUCGUAUGAUAGAAAUUCAAGUACAGAUGUGUGAACGUGCUAUAGAACUUCUUGUUCUACCUGAAGAUCAGAGCUGCUUGCUUUUGGAUAUCGGUUGUGGGUCAGGGCUCAGUGGCAGCGUAUUGGAAGAUCAGGGACACGUAUGGAUAGGUAUGGACAUCUCUUCAGCUAUGCUUGACGUAGCUGUUGAAAGAGAAUUAGAUGGUGACCUAAUUUUGGGAGAUAUAGGUCAAGGAUUGCCAUUCAAAGCUGGUACGUUUGAUGGGGCUGUCAGUAUUUCAGCGCUUCAGUGGCUGUGCUAUGCAAACAAAACUUCGCACAAUCCUACAAAACGUUUAUAUCGUUUCUUCUCAACGUUGUAUGCAUGCCUGUCAAGAAGCGCAAGAGCAGUGUUACAAUUCUACCCAGAGAACAGUGAACAGGUUGAAUUGAUCACGGCACAAGCCACAAAAGCUGGCUUUUACGGCGGGGUGGUUGUCGAUUUUCCAAAUAGCGCAAAAGCGAAGAAAAUGUUCUUAGUUUUAAUGACCGGAGGAGCUGCUCCGCUUCCAAAGGCACUAGGCGUAGAGAACGAAGAUAGACUAACCGUCGCUAAUUCAAGAAGGGAAUACAUAAAGAAAGCCAAGGGUAAAUCGUUGAAGAAAAGUAGGGACUGGAUUUUAGAGAAGAAAGAAAGGCGGCGCCGGCAAGGAAAAGAAGUUAGAGAUGACUCCAAAUAUACUGGACGAAAGAGAUCCGGGAGAUUUUAAUUGUAAGAUAGACUUCGUUAACAUAAAACAUUAUUUUAAUAAUUUUUUUUAUAAUGUUAAUUAUAAAUAAGAAAAUUCAUAAAAUUGAUCUGAUUAAUUUUCGUCUGUUUCCAUAUCAUCGAUCUACUACUUAAAAAAAAUAUUUUCUUUAGUAACGAAAAAUGUGCCUAAAAAAUUUUUUUGUUAAAGAAUAUCAAACAUAAAAUUUAAUAAUCGCAUAAAUGUUUGUGUAUAAAG